CCAUAGCAUUAGGAGAUUUGAGGGAGAAGGCAAGAAUGGAGUCAUUGACCACAGAUUUAGAAGACUUUGAAAACUCCGAAACAGCCUCCUCCUCUCUUAGCACUUAUUACUAUUUCAUCUUUUCCUCUCACUUCUUUAUUAAUAUUAAUAUUAUUUAAUCUAAUUGCACCCACUUCUUCCUCGGCUUGGAAUUCUGAACCGGCUCCUUCUCGCUGGUUGGUGGUGCCCAAAGCAGAAGACACAACACAUACAUACAUACCCAGAUCAGUUUCUGACCCAAAAAUUUGGUGAAUACAACUGAAGAUUUAAUGAAAACUUCUCUGUUUGAGAUCUAAUUGAAGUAUUGGCAAAUCUAGUAGCGGGGGCCUAGGUGGUGCAGAUUUUUGGUUGUUGGAUUCAGAGAAUUAUAUCAAAUCUAUUGAGUUUGUUGGAUUUUUUUGAAGAUGGCUGGGGUUCAAGACCAAUUGGAGAUCAAGUUUCGGUUAACUGAUGGAUCAGAUAUUGGUCCCAAAACUUUUCCUACAGCUACAAGUGUUGCAACCUUGAAAGAAAGUAUACUUUCUCAAUGGCCUAAAGAGAAGGACAACGGUCCAAGGACAGUAAAAGAUGUCAAGCUAAUAAGCGGAGGGAAAAUAUUGGACAACAGCAGAACAGUUGGGGAUUGUCGUAGCCCCUUAUGUGACAUCCCCGGUACAGUUACAACUAUGCAUGUUGUUGUUCAACCACCACCACAGGAGAAAGAAAAGAAAGUGACUAGCGAACUGCAGCAAAACAAGUGUGUCUGUGUCAUAUUAUGAUUGAAAGUAACAGUGGAAUUGGGAAUGGGAGUGGGAGUGGCAUCAUUUUUAGGUUGGUACUACUACAGAUUGAUUCAUUGCCUAAUCAAUAAUUUCAUCUCAGAUAUUUGACUCACUUAAUCUUAUAUAGAUAAAGAGAGAAGUGGAGCUGGUAAAAAAGAUAAUCAAGUUGGUGGUGGUGGGGGGUUGCUGGUGCAGGGUUUGUAUUUUGACUGAGGGAACCAAUCCAUGCUAUAUAUAGGUGUUUUAAUGUUGUUUGGUCAAUGGUUUCCUCUUAUAGCAGUUCAGUUGUCUUUCAAAUUUCAAUACCACUCUCUACAUUUUCAUUUAUUUGUAUCCCAUUGGAUUCUACAAUCUUUGCUCCAUUUUUUUUUCUUCUUUUUUCAUAAUAUACAUAUACUUGUCUUUCUUUUCAA